AUGGCUCCCGGCUUGAUCCUACUCAUGUCCCUGAUGUACAUCGGCCAUGCCUCCCUUCAUAUUGCCGACGGAGACGAAGAGUGCCCCGCCUUGGCAUGCAAAACGACUAACGACUGCAUCGAUUGGGCAGAAAGGUGUGAUGGAUUCAUAGAUUGCUUUGACGGCUCGGAUGAAGAGUGCACGGCUCCAGAUUGUUUGUCGCCCGACGUUUUCGGCUGUGGCAUUGCCCGCCGCUGCCUCUCUCUCGCUGUGGUAUGUGACGGUAAUAAUGAUUGUCCAGACGGUUCAGAUGAAGAAAAUUGUACAGCGUGUCCCUUGCCCAACUACUUCAUGUGUGAUAGUGGUGAAUGUGUACACCCAGGAUUGCACUGUAAUGGUGGUGAUAAUUGUAAAGAUGGUUCAGAUGAAGAAGAUUGCAUCAACAAAGAGUGUUACAAUCCCGCUGAUUUCAAGUGUGAAAGUGGUAAAUGUGUCCCCCCAUACUGGCAGUGUAACGGUGCUGAUGAGUGUGGAGACGGUUCAGAUGAGGAAGAUUGUAUAAACAAAGAGUGUUACUACCGCGACGAUUUCAAGUGUGAUAGUGGCGAAUGUGUAGACCUACACUGGCAAUGUGACGGUAGGGAUGACUGUACAGAUGGUUCAGAUGAGGAAAAUUGUACAGCGUGUCCCUGGCCCAACUACUUCAAGUGUGAUAUAGGUGAGGAAUGUGUCGCUAUAGACUUACAAUGCGACGGUUAUGAUGAUUGCCCAGAUGGUUCAGAUGAAGAAUAUUCAUAUUGCACCGUGUGUCCCUUGUCCAACUAUUUCAAGUGUGAAAGUGGAGAAUGUGUCCCCCCAUACUGGCAAUGUGACGGUGAUGAAGAUUGCGACGAUGGUUCAGAUGAGGACGACUGCAUGAACAAAGACUGUUACAACCCUGGGGACUUGAAGUGUGGAAGCGGGGAAUGCAUCCCUCCACAGCGACAAUGCAACGGUGUGGUCAAUUGUGACGACGGCUCAGAUGAGGAAGAUUGCAUAAACAAAGCGUGCUAUUUUUUCGAUUACGUCAAGUGUGACAGUGGACAAUGUAUAGAUCCAACCUGGCGAUGUGAUAGUAAGGAAGACUGUGAAGACGGUUCAGAUGAAGACAAUUGCUGGAGCGAAGUGUGUGAUCGUCCCGCCUUCAGGUGUCAAGGUAGUGGAGCAUGUAUCCCUGAAGAUUGGCUGUGUGACGACUUAAACAAUUGUCCAGACGGUGAAGAUGAGCAAGAUUGUCUGAGAGAGUGUACCACAACCGACUAUUCAAGUAAUAUCCGGCCAGAAUGGCAUUGUGACGGUGUGACUGAUUGCCACGAUGGUUCCGAUGAGGAAAGCUGCACAGCCGAUGAUUGUCUCUUGCCCAAGUUUUUCUGUGGACGCCGCGGUUACUGCAUCGAUGGUACAAUGCGCUGCGAUGGCGUCGGUGACUGUUACGACGAGUCGGAUGAGAGUGGCUGCGUGUGUACCAGUAUGGAGUUCCGAUGUGAAGACAGCGGCGAAUGUGUAGCACCAUCUGCAGUGUGCAAUGGUAUCAUCGACUGUGAUGAUGCAUCGGACGAGCUGCUGUGUCAGUCCUGUGCAGAGAAGGGACUGUGGCAAUGUAACGGCGGUGAAUGCGCCCAGAACGCCUCGUUGGAGUGUGACGGGGGAUGUCUGCCGAAAUACCGCGUCUGUGACGGGGUGGAGGACUGUUCCAACGGAGAGGACGAGAUGAACUGUACAGCCGGAGGUUGCGGUGCUGGACAGUUCUCCUGUACAGACGGGACGUGCCUGUUGGAGUCACAGCUGUGUGACAACCUGACGGAGUGUAGUGGAGGGGAGGACGAAGAAGACUGUGGAGAAGCCAAACCUCCUGGAUUCCCGCUUGGUUUGGCCAGCCGGUACAUUCCCGAUGUCUUCCUCACCGCCAGCUCCAACUACAAACCAGACUUCGCCCCGAUCCAGGCUCGCCACACGCCUUUAACUAUGCCAGGAUACUGCUGGGUACCAAAUUCUGUGGUGGGCCAAUGGCUUCAGGUUUACUUGGGCAAGACGACUGACGUCACAGGGGUGGUGAUCAGUGGAGGUGGGUCGAACUGGGACCUGGGCAGUUGGGUGACGUCAUUCACUCUAGCCUUCAGCAUGGACGGCGCUUCGUGGGGACCGUACACAGACAGCAGUGACAACGUUCAGGAUUUUCAAGGAAACCGAGACCGGUACAACAGAGUUAGUCGCCCUCUCCCAGUUCCUGUGACGUCACGCUACAUCCGUCUGUACCCGACAGGCUACUAUGGCUGGGUUGCCAUGGGGAUUGAGGUGUACGUCACAAACGACGAAAACACGUGGCUGAAGCAGGACCAGUACGUCCCAUUGGGAGUUGGACUUGAUCCCGACGAUCCUGGUACGGUUCCGAAGGUUCCCGACCUCGACGUGAGCGCGUCAUCGCGAAGGGACGACUUCUUCCCGUGGCAGGCCCGUCUGAACAGCGGGGAGGGGCAGCAGCAGGGGGCGUGCUGGUCUCCGGCUCUGCGCACCGACACGGACCAGUGGCUGCAGAUUAAGCAUGACAGAGUGUACGAAGAAAAGUUUCUGUCGGGCUUUUUUGACAGAUGUGUGCCGUGGGACUAUAACUAUGGAGACAAACCUAUUUACGAAGACGUGCUACAGGAAGAGUGUGGACUUGUGACCGUGAAGUUGGAGCAUCUCGGAUGCUUGGAAAUUGACAGCCAGUACAGUUCGUGUGGGGACGAUGAGGUGUACCACGAUAGUCAGGCCUGUGACGGCACAGAAGACUGCUCAACAGGGGAGGACGAGGCAAACUGUGACGAGUGUGCGAUGGAAUGUCUGACGGUUUUAAGUGACUCCUGCAUCCCGAGUGGAUGGAUCUGUGAUGAACUACAGGACUGUUUAGAUGGUAGAGACGAGCAGGGCUGUGUGCAAGGUGUACCCAAACACUGCUUUUUCACCUGCGGUAACAACGUCACCUGUCUGCCGACAAGUCAGCUGGGGGACGGGCGUCAGGACUGUGCUGGCGGCGAGGACGAACGACCCAGCAACAUUGAAGAGUCCCUGGGAUACAAGUGGGGCUCCUGCAGCCACAACUGCACGUCUGUCUACGGUAACGCGUCAUGCGUUCCUGACGCGUUCGUCUGUGACGGUGACGCGGACUGUUCGGAGGAAGAGGACGAGCAGGACUGUGAUCGUGUAGACUUCUUCCUCCGUGAGACAGAAGACUGCGGGACGUUCUACUGCAGCCUGCCCGGCUCUGUGGACCCGUACUGCGUGCACGGUCAUCUCAUCUGUGACGGACACCCGGACUGUGCGUCAGGGGAGGACGAGCAGGGCUGUGGCGGUAACGCGCCGGGCCGCAUGUCAACUCAAACCGGCACCACGGGGAGCAUCGGACCGACCGUAGAACCGACAAGUGGUCAAGGAGCGUUCCAGGAUCAAACAGAGCUCUAUGAAGUAAACUGUGGGCCCCAGGACCAGCCCAUGACUUGGAUGACAGCGGCUGCACUGGGCGGUCAGAUUCUGUAUCGCAUGACUGUCUAAUCUAUACAAGGCUUUGGCUGUAUGAAACAAAACAAAAUUGUUUGGAAAAUCUCUACAAGACAGGAAAAUAGCACGUGGCCUAUAAUAGUCUAGCCUUUGUAAGUGUUCGUCCUAAGUUUUAUAUUAAGUUGUUGAUAUUACCCGACAAUUUGCCAGAUAACCAGAAACGGCCAAACCAAUAGUGUAGCAUAGCAUAGCACCGUACUAACACGUACUAAUAAUAGAUAUUGAAGUUAGUCUUAUUGUACACAAGUUAUGUAUGAUUUAAGAGUGAAUUUUCAUUAAUGUAUCUUAUGAUUGAUUAUCUAGCUCUAAUUCUAGUUCUGUGUGGUGAAAAUACACAUAUCCGUAGCAGCGUAUCUAUCUAUUCUUUAGUGUUUUGCUUUUAUCGGUGUAGACAUUUUCAAAACGCACGCAGAAUUCGUGAAAUAUUAUGUUA